CGGGGGCCUCUCCAAGUUUGUCGGGACCUUCUUCCGAGGCAGCGGCGGCGGCAGCCGGGGAGGCCGGGGCUGCGCGCGGGCCGGGGCCGGGGCGGAGGGCUGGGGCCGGGCCCGGGGCUGCGGGGCCGGCGCCUCCGCUCUGCCACUGCUCGUGCUUCAGUCUCGGCUCGCGCCGCGGCCGUGGCCCCCCUGGACGCGGCUCCGGGCGCUGCGCACCCGCGGAGCCCGCCGCGCCCCGGCCCAUGUACUGGAAGCAUGAGAACGCGGCCCCGGCGCUGCCCGAGGGCUGCCGGCUGCCGGCCGAGGGCGGCCCCGCCACCGACCAGGUGAUGGCCCAGCCUGGGUCCGGCUGCAAAGCGACCACCCGCUGCCUUGAAGGGACCGCGCCACCGGCCAUGGCGCAGUCGGACGCCGAGGCCCUGGCGGGGGCUCUGGACAAGGACGAAGGCCGGGCGUCUCCUUGUACGCCCAGCACGCCGUCGGUCUGCUCACCGCCCUCCGCCGCCUCCUCCGUGCCGUCGGCCGGCAAGAACAUCUGCUCCAGCUGCGGCCUCGAGAUCCUGGACCGGUAUCUGCUCAAGGUCAACAACCUCAUCUGGCACGUGCGCUGCCUCGAGUGCUCUGUGUGUCGCACGUCGCUGAGGCAGCAGAACAGCUGCUACAUCAAGAACAAGGAAAUCUUCUGCAAGAUGGAUUAUUUCAGCCGGUUCGGGACCAAGUGCGCGCGGUGCGGCCGGCAGAUCUACGCCAGCGACUGGGUGCGGAGGGCGCGCGGCAACGCCUACCACCUGGCCUGUUUCGCCUGCUUCUCCUGCAAGCGGCAGCUCUCCACCGGCGAGGAGUUCGGCCUGGUGGAGGAGAAGGUGCUGUGCCGCAUCCACUACGACACCAUGAUCGAGAACCUCAAGAGGGCCGCGGAGAACGGGAACGGUCUCACGCUGGAGGGGGCAGUGCCCUCGGAGCAGGACAGUCAGCCCAAGCCGGCCAAGCGCGCACGGACGUCGUUCACCGCCGAGCAGCUGCAGGUUAUGCAGGCGCAGUUCGCGCAGGAUAACAACCCCGACGCACAGACGCUGCAGAAGCUGGCCGACAUGACGGGCCUCAGCCGGAGGGUCAUCCAGGUGUGGUUUCAAAACUGCCGGGCGCGACAUAAAAAGCACACGCCGCAGCACCCCGUGCCGCCCUCCGGGGCGCCGCCGUCCCGCCUCCCCUCCGCCCUGUCCGACGACAUCCACUACUCACCGUUCAGCAGCCCCGAGCGCGCGCGCAUGGUCACCCUGCACGGCUACAUCGAGAGUCAGGUCCAGUGCGGGCAGGUGCACUGCCGGCUGCCUUACACCGCGCCCCCGGUCCACCUCAAAGCCGACAUGGACGGGCCGCUCUCCAAUCGGGCCGAGAAGGUCAUCCUUUUCCAGUACUAAGGCUGCCGUUGGCACUUCUGCAUCUGUCCUCGGGCACUCGACAGCUGCCCCUCAGCCGCUGAAACCAGGCCGCAGCCAGGGACCCACCCACUCCACCUCCACUGCCGCCGGCUGGGCCCCCUCCCCCCGCCCCCCACGCCUGGCCUUCCCCUGUCCUGCAGAGAACCAGAUCCCAGGAGCGGCGUGGAGCCCCCCCCCCGGGCAGGCGGAGCUCCCGGAAAUUUGGAACCAGGGUGCAAACAACAGCCCUCCGCCCGCGCCCCCCCUCCAGUGUGGACCGGAUCCUGUUUAGCAGCCGACCGCGACGCCUUGAGUUGUGGGACACACCGGGCUCCGUCACAGACAGGUUUUCCUCCCUCCCACGUUGGCCUUUAUUUACCGCUUCCUGGGAACCGUCUCCGAGUUCCGAGUAGCCGACAACCCCCCCCCCCCCCCCCGUGUUAUCCACUCUGCGGCUUUUGUCUGGAAAACUCUGCAGUGUUUGUGGGCUGUCCCCCAAGGAAAGCUGUGCUCUGACUUUAUCAUUUCCAUCUGUCUGGUUCUGUCAAGUUCGUUCCAAGAGAGAAGAAAAACACUGACCGGCCGCGAGAGGCCCGAGAGGGCAGAGAGGGAGGCCUGCCCAGACCAACCAGAGUGCAUGUGUGCGUGCGUACGUGUGUGUGCAUGUGUGUGUGUGUGUGCGCAUGUGCGUGUGUGUGUGCAUGUGUGAGUGCGUACGUGUGUGUGUGCAUGUGUGUGCAUGUGUGCAUGUGUGUGUGUGCGCGUGUGCGUGUGUGUGUGUUUGUGUGUGUGCAUGUGUGAGUGCGUACGUGUGUGUGUGUGUGUGUGUGUGUGUGUGUGUGUGUAUGUAGCGGGGAACACGUGGGGUCCGGGCUGGGCGGGGAGGGCCGGAGUGGAGAGAGCCCAGCCGGUGUGGAUGUUGAGGCGCUGGCCUGUGUGCCCGCCCGUCUCCAGCACAGGGCCAGGGCUGUGCAGAGGUGAGGGAGGCCGGUACCGGGCCUUUCCCAAGUGUUGGACCCUGGCAGUUGGGUCAGGUCUUCUUGGCACGGGACCGGUCCCAGGGAGAUGAGGCCACAGAUGGGGGGCCGGGGGUAGGGGGCGCGGUGUGUGGCUGUCAGAGUGCUCUGGACCCAGUCGAGAGACAGAGGGUGCCCGUCGCCGGGGUGAGUGUGUUGCGUCUGAGACCUGGGCCCCCUCCGUCCCCCGCCCCUGCCGCCCCAGCCCUGCUGGGGACCAGCCUCACUCACGCCUUGAGUGGGAAGCGCCUGCCCUGAUCCUGCUGCCGCCUCAAACAGGAGGGCCCAGGGGACAAGCCCACCCAUCCUGGGGCCAGGGGAGCCCUUGGGAGCCUGGCGCGCUGCCCACUGGAGGCUGCCAGUGGGGCGCAGUCCAGCCCGGGACCCUCCCCUGCCUUGGUUACAGCCCCUUGGAUCUGUCCACGUGAUGUCGGGAGGCCCCCAGGGCAGGGGACACGAGGAGUUCCUGUGUCGCCCACCUCCCCCGCACCCCCGCCCCCUCCCAACGCGCCCCCCGGCCCCCCGUGGCAGACGUCACUCAGCGCUCUCCGUCUCAGCCCUGGGCUGGGGGUGACCCAGCUGCUGCAGGGGGGCACGUAAAGGAACCGUUGUCUGUGACUCUUGCUCGGGGAGCUGCCCCAGGGCGGAACCCACUUUCUCUCCCUUCCAAAGGAGGUUCCAGUUGACUCAGGGAGAAGAGGAGGUCCCCUCCCCCGCAGGAUGGGGUCUGAGCAGCUCUCGUUCGCCAGCUCCCACCCCGCUCCCCCCCCCCCCAGGAGAACGCAGCCCUGCGCCAGGGCCAGCGGCAACAGGAGUGGGUGGGCUGAGCUGAGCCCUGGCCACGGGGACCGCGGGGACCUUGCGACCACUACUCUUUCCCUCGAUGUUGACGGGCGAGCCCCUCCCAGGGCCACCGGGCGCUGCUCCACACCUGGAUCAUGUGGCCGUCGCAUGUGACCGUUCAGACCCAUCUCCUCUAGCCUGUUAGAGCAGCCUGGGAACACGCAGGCCAUCAAGCCUAUUUAUUUAAACACGAAAGGGGAAAACACACACACUCACACACACACACACACACACUCUCUCUCUCUCUCACAUACAUACAUACAUACACACACACACACACACACGGAAAAGAAUUGUAAGCACUUUUUUGUAAAACCAAUGUCUGUUUUGUUACAUACCUUUCAUGUUGUGCUUUGUAAAUGUCUUAUUUGUGUAAUAAAUAAAGUGAAUGCAAGCAGGA